AAGAACAGUAUGGUGUCAAAGUAUAGAAGGAAAACCGCUCAGCAGUCCUGGAACUGUGAAGCUAUGCAAGGCCAUUGAUGCAGUGAGGAAGGAGGGGUUGCCUUGGCAAACUGCAGCUAAAAGGUUCCAGGUUUCCUGGCUACUUGGUGAAGCGUUUUUGAAGGCAGCUACACCAGUUAUCGCUAUAAAAGGCUUUAGAAAAUGUGGAAUCGUCCCAAUCGACAGAAAUGUGUUUACAGAACGGGAUUAUGCAGCUGCUGAAACAACUCUACAAGAAGACCCUGCGCCAGGAGAAGAGAACACCAUCAUACAAGUUUGUGCAUCUUCAUCUCAGACUGUCAACAACAGUAGCUCAUCAGAACUCAUUGGUGGUUCUGAAAACCCCAAUACCGCCUUCAUAAUGGCAUCCCUACCUUCUGUUGAUGAUCCAAUCAGGUCUAGGAGUGGGCUUCCUUCUGCCACAUUUGAUCCGUUUAUUCCCAGAAUUGCAUCAGCUGGUUUCCUAGAAACAACUUCAAAUUUGAACAUUCCACCAAACAAGAAGUCCACUUCAUUUGCUGUCACCCUCAUGGCAAUUAGGAAAGAGAAAGAAGAUAAAGAGAAUGGGAAACAACGUAGACUAGAAGCAAAAAGAGAAACGGAAAUCGAAAACAAACAGCAGGCUCUUAAGAAAAGGGUGGCUAAAAUCGAAAAUAAAGAAAAACGCGCAUUGUUUAAGAAAAAGAAUGACGAUCUCUAUAAUGAUGAUGAUGAACACUUUUACACACAAUUCAACCUUGUCAAAGUUAACAAUAGUAGACAACUGCAGGACCAGAAGAGACGCGAUUUGGAAUUUGGAGAUUUUGGGAAGAUUUGGGAAAAGGGAAAUUAUGUGUUGCAUGAGAACAGAAAUGAACUCGAGUCUUUUCGCAUCCAAACAAUGUUCUACACUAGGAUGGUCUGUUGUUGCCUCCAUAUUGCCAUCACAAUCAUUAGCGUCUUGACCUACAUGGUUUCAUACAUAAAUGAAGUUAGUGGUGAUACCUACGAGGAUUUCAAUCCUCGUAUGAACAGAACGACAACAUUCCGAAAACAACAAUACCCCCUGUACUUACCCUUCGACACAUCUAAUGAUGGAUACUACUGGAUAGGAUUCUGCUACAAUUGCUACGCUCAUGUAGGAAAUAUGAUUACUUUCUUACCCAUAGAAACAACUCUCACAAGCUCCUUGAUACACCUCAUCAGUCAAACAACAGUCAUAAAGGAAGCAUUCAAAUAUAUCGAUGAAAAUAUAUCACCUGAUCAAAGCAAAGAAGGAGUUGCCCUCAUAAAGGAAAUUCGAAUUGUCAAAUGCAUCAAUGAGUUGCAGGAGAUUUACAGGGCAAUUGAAAGGCUAGAAGAACUCUACAAUAUUCAGUUAAUGGUACAAUAUGGAUUCGCUACUAUUUUGUUAUGUUCCAUAUGUUAUGUGUUACCAUUGGUUGAAAAUACAAUGGAAGCAGUGUGUCGCCUUAUUCUCCUUGCUGCAUCUUUGGGACAAAUUUUCAUUUUUUCAUAUUGCUGUAAAACUCUAGCUGAUGAAUUACAGGAUGUUGGAGUUUCGGUGUACAAUAUGGACUGGCCGAAUUACCCACCAAAACUAAAAAGUACUUUGAAUAUCCUGAUUAGAAAGACCCAAAAGCCCGCCAACUUAACAGCUGGAAAAAUCAUGGUCAUCGAUUUAUUUUUUUUCAUUCAG